CGCAGCUGGUUCACUUCUGGCUUCGUGGCUCAUUGAAUCGAUGAGGCAUCCUAUAUUUGUCGAUAACGCUAAACUGCACAAGCGGGGAAAUGUCGUACUUAUUAGCCACACUUGCGGCUGUUUUGCUGCUGACUUCAGAGGCUUCCGGGAAAACUGUUACGGGACUUUUUAAGAGCGAAGCGGCGAGGCAGCAGAAGGGCCAGUUCAUCACUAAAUUCAUGUACCAAGCUGGCAGUGGUCUGCUGGUGUGCCGGGUGGACAGCUCAACGCUGGCUAAAGAGAGAGAGUCCAGACUGCUGCUGUAUCAGGAUAUGGACUCGGAGCUGGACAACCUCAGCUGCUCCGAGAGGCUUGCCAAAGCCGACGUGACCAUUACACUCAGUCAAGAAGAGCACAACCAGACGAUCCCUCGGCAGUCUUCACCCACAGCCUGGCAGAUCCUGUAUGCUGACAGAUAUACAUGUCAGGAAAACGUAUUGAUUGCCGGCCAUCCUGAUCUUGAUUUCACUGUCCUGCUGUUUAAUGCCGACUCGGCUGGAAACCCUCUGGAGCAUUUCAGUGCAGAGGAGGCAGGCCUCCACAGUUUUUACUUCCUCCUGCUGCUGGCCUACUUCAUCGCCUGCUGCAUCUACAUCCAGCCUCUGUACCAGGCUCUGAGGAAAGGAGGACCCAUGCACACUGUCCUCAAAGUAUUGACUACAGCGCUGGCUUUACAGGGCUGCUCUGCGCUCUGCAACUACAUCCACCUGGCCAGGUAUUCCAGAGAUGGAAUCGGUCUUCCACUGAUGGGCAGCCUGGCUGAGUUCUGGGAUAUGGUGUCCCAGGUGUCCAUGCUGUACAUGUUAUUGAGUCUGUGUAUGGGCUGGACUCUGAGCCGAGGCAGGAAGCCUCAGUCCAGACCUCUGCAGUGGGAACAGUCUCCGGCCUCCACGGCUGUAGCUGUUGGUGGAGUUAUUACACAGGCGGUGCUGCUGCUGUGGGAGCAGUAUUCAGAGUCGGAGAGUGAACACCACAGCUAUCACGCCCAGCAGAGUGUGGCCGGCCUCCUCCUCAUGGCUCUGAGAGUGGGCCUGGCCCUCCUGCUGGCCUCCAUCCUCUACCAGAUCAUCUCCACCGAGAGGAGCACCCUAAAGAGAGACUUCUACCUCAGCUUUGCCAAGGGAUGCUUCCUGUGGUUCCUCUGUCAUCCCAUCCUCGUCCUCAUGUCUGUGAUCUUCAACGAGCAUCAGAAGGAAAAGGUGGUGACCAUGGGGGUGAUCCUCUGCCAGUCCAUCUCCAUGGUCAUCCUCUACCAGCUCUUCCUGUCUCGCUCUCUUUACUGGGAGGUGUCCUCUCUUUCCUCAGUCUCCCUGCCCCUCACCAUGUCCAGAACGAAUCACAGGGCGCGCUACUGAGCAUGUACACCAUCACAAUUUUCCUAAUAAUGAUUAUCACGAGCUAAGGGUGGAUGUGCCAUGCUGCUGUGACGCUUCUCCUCAAAAAAAUGUGCUCAGACGCUGCAGGGACUGAUUUUCUUUGCAGUUAACUGUUUCCUGGGAGAACUUCUGUAGUUACUAGGAAGCAAGUUACCAAGAAAUCAUUGAAAGAGGGUGAACAGAGGAUGAUAUAUGUACAACAACAGCCUACCUCUAGUUUUAAGUGAUUUUUGACUGGAGCCAGCAUGAGCACUGCUGAACAAGAGGAGGAGAGAACUGGCUGUCAGGCCGUUUCUUUGGUUCUCCAUGACGCCAGCCAAAAUACCACUGAAACAAAAGAAAAACGAGGACGGAUGAAGACAGCCGGCCAGGAUUGAGAUUAAGUAUGCAUCACCUAGAGACGCAGAUGUGAGGAAAGAAAAAGGAAGUGAAGAUUUACUCCUCACAGGGCCGAAUGUGGAGAUGGCUGCCCAGGCCUCACAGACGCGGGCCAAGAUUAAAAUACUCGAGAGCGUUUUAUUUCUGUUCUUGGAUUUGAUUAUAACACAAACAGAAGCAUCAUCGAUUUACUAUCAAAGAAAAAACAAAGACACUACUAUUUAGGUCUGGAUUCAAGAAGCCUUUGUCUCAUUGAGCUUUCCCUGCUCAUUAAAGCUGCAACGACUUGGAUCAAAGCCACGAAGGAUGGAAAAGUCUCAGUUUGUGUCUGAGGCUGGCGCUUUAUAUCAGAUUAAUGAUAACCCCAUGAACAAAGCAAAAGCGAGGACAUGCUACUCUCUGGUUGACCUACGAUCUAUAGUUUCUACUUACAAACUAAGGCCUGGUUGGCUGAGCGGCCACGAAGACUCAUUGGUUUGUUUCUGGUGCAGCUCUGUGGCACGGAGGUAUUUCGAGCCACUGUUGGUUUUGGUUUUCUCAUACCAGCCAUUACAUGUGUUAGGAUUGAUCGAGAUGGGCAGACAGACGGAUGGACCAGCGGAAGUUUGAACAGAUGGAUGCAGCAUGUGUUCUGUAAAGCAAUGGAUUGUUACUCUGUUAACUGAGAAGGAUGCGUGACUUUGAUUGUGCAAAGCCAAAGUGAAGACGACGAGCCAAAACAGCAUUUACACACUAGCAUACAGCUGCACCUUAACUUGGGUGCUGAUGACUUUAUGAGCUGAGAGCAUGUGAGACUCUAAAUUGUGUAGCUUAAGAUGUGUUGCAUGGCUAACCCAUUAUUAAAAAAAAUCUUCAGUAUAAAAAAGAUCAGGAGGACCUUAAGUCUACUUGGUGGUUUCAAAUGAAUUUCACUGUGUAAAUACAUUCCAACCCCACACGUCCAUUCCUGUGUCAUCAAGUUAUUACUGUACAUGAGGCUCAUUAAAUGAGAUAUUAGUGUUAUAUAAGAGCCAGGCGGAACUGAACUGCACUGUCACAUAGGACAAGUCCCACUUAGCAAACUGACAGCUAAUAUAUUUAUUAAUCAGCUAUUUAUUUCAAGAUCAGCACGUUAUAAAGAAGCUUUGGUUGGAGUUUCAUGUUUGGUAUGUUUUUGCUGAUUCUUUUUUUGUCUCCUAAAUCAUAAAUUGAUUGUUUUUAAUUCAUUAAAAACAAAUAAUGUAUAGUGUAGCAUGAAGGUGCAGUACGUUUACCUGGAUACAGUCAAUCCAGGUCCUUCUUUUAAGAGAGAAAAGCUGGGCAGCUUUUUUAGUAGCACAGUUGAGCCAACUCCAUCUAAAACAAACACAGACAGACCUCCCAUUAUAAUUUUAAAUAUGUGCUAUAAUCCUUAUUGAAAACCAGUAUAUACUCCUCCUUAUUUAUGAAGUUCUACUUGACUAUGAGCCUGCGUGGGUUAUUUGUUAAUCCCAAAAUGUGCAACCUUGUUUAAAUCAGCAUACAGAUUGGUUUCUACUGAAAAAGUGCACGUUUUCCUUAUAUCCAUGCAUAAUUUACUGUCUGCACACAGGAUGUGAGCCAGUGCAUCCUGUAUGCAUCAUUUUGUCCUUCAAUGACAAUCUUAUUUAUGAGGCCACCAGUUAUACUGUAUACUUUAAAUGCUCAUCCUUCAGUUAGAGGCAAAGUGCAUUUUGUUUUGUAGUGUUUACAUUUCACACUUCAGUUGUCAUAUAUUAAUUUUUUACAACCUGUGUAACUAUUACACCUGUGAUCAUGACAACUGUAAUAAAAUAGA